UCCACCCAAACCCAAUCCAUCCAAACCCAUUUCCCUCCCUCCCUCCAAUCCCGCCCCCCUUCCUUCCCAGUUUCCACUGCCUCCUCCCCCGCCGCCGCCGGUGAUCCCCGUCGCCGCGGACCACCAGCCAUGUCUUGCUCCCACCUCUCCACCGCCUGGUCCUCCUCGGCGCUGGCCAGCAGCGCCUCCUCCACCCGGCGGCGCUCCUCCGCCCCGCGCUCCGGCGGCAGCGGCUUCGUGGUGCGGUGCUCCCUCCGCGAGCUCCGCAACCGCAUCGACUCGGUCCGCAACACGCAGAAGAUCACCGAGGCCAUGAAGCUCGUGGCCGCCGCCAAGGUCCGGCGCGCGCAGGAGGCCGUCGUCUCGUCCCGCCCCUUCUCGGAGGCCCUGGUCGAGGUGCUCUACAACAUGAACCAGGAGAUCCAGACGGAGGACAUCGACCUGCCGCUGACCCGCACCCGCCCCGUGAAGAAGGUCGCCCUGGUGGUCCUCACCGGCGAGCGCGGCCUCUGCGGCAGCUUCAACAACAACGUGCUGAAGAAGGCGGACACCCGCAUCGAGGAGCUCAAGCAGCUGGGGCUCGAGUACACCGUCAUCAGCGUGGGGAAGAAGGGCAACGCCUACUUCACGCGCCGCCCCUACAUCCCGCUGGAGCGGGAGCUGGAGGUGAACGGCGUGCCCACGGUGAAGGACUCGCAGGCCAUCUGCGACCUGGUCUACUCCCUCUUCGUGUCGGAGGAGGUGGACAAGGUGGAGCUGCUCUACUCCAAGUUCGUGUCCCUGGUGCGCUCCGACCCCAUCAUCCAGACGCUGCUGCCCAUGUCCCCCAAGGGCGAGAUCUGCGACGUCAACGGCGUCUGCGUGGACGCCACCGAGGACGAGCUCUUCCGCCUCACCACCAAGGAGGGGAAGCUCACCGUCGAGCGCGAGAAAGUGAAGAUCGAGACGCAGCCCUUCUCCCCCGUCGUGCAGUUCGAGCAGGACCCCGUGCAGAUCCUCGACGCGCUGCUCCCGCUCUAUCUCAACAGCCAGAUCCUCCGCGCCCUGCAGGAGUCGCUCGCCAGCGAGCUCGCCGCCCGGAUGAGCGCCAUGAGCAGCGCCACCGACAACGCCAUCGAGCUCCGCAAGAACCUCUCCAUCGCUUACAACCGCCAGCGCCAGGCCAAGAUCACCGGGGAGAUCCUCGAGAUCGUCGCCGGUGCCGACGCCCUCGCCGGCUGAGCUGAAGCCGUCCUCCUCGCUCUCCUUAACACUGAGCCAAGCUGAGCCGGUGGUGGCUUACGUUCUUCGUGCGGUGCUCCUGCUAUAUAUAAUUCUUUUUCUCACUUUUCUUGCUGUUCAGUCUGUCUGUAAUUCCUGAUAGCACAAACACGAGGGAGUUCUGUGUUCCAUGCUCGUCGUGAUGCCAUGCCGCGCGAGAUACACAAGAAUUUAAAUUCAGAGAUGCCAAAUGUAUAAUCCGAGUAACUUUAUCUUGCAAGUCC